AUGAAGCCGGCAAAACAAAGAUCAGAGAAGCGGAGGAAGGCGAGGCUGCUAAGCUGUGUGAGAAGAUCGUGGGUUAUGACGCGAACGCUUUGUACCUCUGGGCGCUCAUGCAAGAUAUGCCCACGGGAAGUUAUACGAGACGCCUGGCGGACAAUGAGUUCAAACCGAAAAGUUCUGUACGCAUGGCUAUUGAAUGGUUGGAAAUGGGUGGCGCACAAAGAGGGAAUUCACAUCCGACAUCAGUUAAACAAUACAGAAAAGCGCAUCGGUGGUCGUAAACUGCCUGUAGACGGUUUCAACGCGCAGACGCAAACUGCGUACCAGUUUCACGGCUGUUAUUGGCACGGCCAUGACUGUGCUCUCAACCGAGGGAAAGAGUUUAACGAGAAACGCAAGAAACCUAUGGCUGAGAUCAGAGAAGAAACGAGAGCCAACACGGAGUAUAUCCGCAGCAAAGGGUACAACGUGGUGGAAAUGUAUGAAUGUCAGUGGAGAGAAAUGAAGAGAACCAACCGAGAACUACGGCGUUUUAUUGCCACCGAAGUGAGAAGAACCCUCGACAAAGUCAAGAUCAUGAGCCCGGAGCGAAUAUUGAGCGAGGUGCGAAAUGAGCGUUUGUUUGGGUGCGUGGAAGUAGAUAUUCGUGUGCCUGAGCAUUUGAAAGAGAAAUUCAGUGAAAUGUGCCCGAUCUUCAAGAACACAGAAAUCAGCCGCGAUGAUAUUGGAGACUUCAUGAAAGCGUACGCAGAAGAGCAUAACAUCAUGGCUCAGCCUCGGCGAAGCUUGAUCGGGAGCAUGAAAGGAGAAAAAAUCUUGUUGGCCACACCCCUCCUCAAAUGGUACUUAGAACACGGCCUGGAAGUCACCAAAGUCUACCAAGUGGUUGAAUUCACCCCUGAGCCCUGCUUCAAACCCUUUGGAGAUGCGGUGUCAGACGCGAGGAGAGCCGGAGAUGCGGACCCAGUAAAGCCAUCAUUGCAGAUACCAUGA